UCUUUUACGCGCUAACCUGCAAGCAUCGUGGCGGUCUAGGAGUCUUCCUUUUCGUGCUUAAUAACGUUGCACAUCUUUCGAGGAUGGCAUGGAGCAACCCUGCACGACGGAAGCUGGCGCUGGCAUUGUUGCUGCAUCGUUUGUGCCGCAAGCGCAGGCGAUCAAUCUACACUCGGGGAAUUUUUGACAAACGCACGGAACUCGGAGAAUACCAUCAUCUCGUGCAGGAACUCCGACAAAGUGACCCCGAGUACCACCUUAAGUACUUCAGGAUGACAAAGGCUUCUUUCGAGGAGAUACUGAGCCUUGUGUACAACAGGAUCGUUCAUCCACCAACUCACAGAAUACCCAUCAGCCCGGCGGAAAGGCUCGCGGUCGCAUUAAAGUUCCUCGCUACUGGGGGAUCAAUCGUGGAUAUAGCUAUCAGCUACAGAAUGCAUGCGUCGACAGUAGCAAAGAUCCUGAGGGAGACGUUGAAGGGCAUCUUGUCACCUGUCGUGCUUAGGUGUCCGAACACAGCGGAAUGGGAACGAAUAAGAAACGAUUUUAUCAUGAAAUGGAACUUUCCCAAUUGCAUUGGUAGUAUUGAUGGGAAGCAUUUCGCCAUCAAAUGCCCCGACCGUAGCGGAUCAGAUUGUUUCAACUACAAGAGAUAUUAUUCUUUGGUUCUCCUCGCUGUUGCGGAUGCCAGCUACAAGUUCACCCUUGUUGACAUCGGGGCACAAGGCCGCUUGUCAGACGGCUCAUUUUUUAGAGAUAGUGCUCUCAGAACACAUUUUGAAGGAGGGCACUAA